AUGGCGCCAGACAGAACCCCGCGUGGCCAUCCCGGCUCUCACUUUGGAAUCGGUCGGACGGUUGCUGUUAUCGGUGCUGGCAUCGGUGGGGUUUCCGCUGCGGCUUACCUGCUCAAGGAGGGACUUUCAGUGACCGUCUUUGAGCGGUCAGGCGUCGGCGGUGGAAUUUGGCAUUUUGACGAGCGCAUUCCCGAGGACCCCCCAUAUCCGAGCCAGAGGCCCUCGCUGGGAGACUACCAAGUCUCCCAAAGAGGCGAGUUCGCGAGCCCAACCCCUCCGCCCGAACCUUUCGUCGACGACAACGACAGCCGCGUGGAUGCUCUUGAUUCCAAUCCCAAGGGCGACUCGAAUCUCGAGGUUCGCUUCGCACCUCCGGGGCCGUGCUACGCGGGUCUCAAGAACAACAUACCCACGAGUGUGCUGGUCAGCAGCUUGGGUCCUUGGCCAGAGGGAACGGAGCAGAACAUCAGCCAGGAGCUUGCCGAGAAAUACAUCCAGGGCCUAGCGACUGAGCACGGAGUCACUGCGGUCACGCAACUCCAUACCCGGGUGGAUGAGGUCAAGACAACACCCGACGGCGCGAAGUGGGAGGUGCGAACCGUCUCUCUGGAGAAACUGCACGGGAGUGCCCAGCUCAAGGAGCGCCUGUGGUGCUUUGACUUGGUCGUCGUUGCCACCGGUCACUAUUGCACGCCCCGGAUACCAGACUUCCGGGGGCUGAAGCAGUUGAAAACGGCAUUCCCCGGCCGCAUCAUCCACUCCAAGCAGUAUCGUCGCCCCCAGCAGUUCCAAGGGCAGAACGUUCUGGUAAUCGGGGCCGGCGUAUCCUCGUCGGAUAUCUGCAGGGAGCUCGUUGGCAUUGCCAAUAAGGUCUACCAGAGUGUGCGCGGGGGCAUGUAUGACACACCCGUCCACCUGCUGCCGGACAGCACGCUCCGGGUGGGUGGGAUAGAAGAGUUCCGACUGUUGAAGGACAGCUCCAUCGCAGGGGAACAGCACUUGGCCCCCGGUCAGCCAAUCCCGGGACAGGUCGUUCUCAAAGACGGCGAAGUCCUGGAUGACAUCCACUAUGUGGUGCUCGCUACAGGGUACAUCACCUCGUAUCCCUUCCUUUCGCACCUGCACUCGGACGACGCAAACCUCGACGAAGCCGGUGAGCAUGUGCUCAUCACAUCAGACGGCGACAUGGUACACAACCUUCACAAGGACAUCUUCUACAUUCCCAACCCAACACUCGCCUUCAUCGGUGUGCCGUAUCAUGCUGCGGCCUUCACAUUGUUUGGCUUCCAGGCCCAAGUGUUGGCCCGGGUGUUUUCAGGCAAAGCGCACCUGCCAGCGCGAGGGGAGAUGGUGGAGGAGUAUAGGGAGAAGGUCAAGGAGAAGGAACUCGGACGAUCUUUCCACUCUUUGGCUGGACCUGGUGCAGAGGUUGAGUACGUGAAGAACUUGGUUGACUGGGUUAAUGAAGAUGGAGAUGUCCUGGGUGAACCGCAAAUAUCGGCACAUGCGGAGGAAUGGGUCAAGGAAUAUGAGGCCUUCAAGACUCGGCUCACUGAGGCAUGGUUUGGGAAGAAAUCCGAGAAGUUGGAGUUAUGA